AUUCUCCGUCUUCUCAACACCAAUGUCGACGGAAAGCAGAAGGUUAUGUACGCCUUGACCAAGAUCAAGGGUGUCGGCCGCCGAUACUCCAACUUGGUCUGCAAGAAGGCCGAUGUCGAUCUGAACAAGCGUGCUGGUGAGCUCACCUCUGAGGAGCUCGAGCGAAUCGUCACCAUCAUCCAGAACCCCACCCAGUACAAGAUCCCCACGUGGUUCCUCAACCGACAGCGCGAUAUCGUCGAUGGCAAGGACUCCCACAUUCUUGCCAACGGUGUCGACUCCAAGCUCCGUGAGGAUCUCGAGCGCCUCAAGAAGAUCCGCGCCCACCGCGGUCUCCGACACUACUGGGGUCUCCGUGUCCGUGGUCAGCACACCAAGACCACUGGUCGCCGU